GAUCAUUUAGGUGCUAUUCUGCAUCUCAUCCCUAAUACUUUUCUUAAGCUCUCUGGGGUCUGAAAGACUUUAUUCUUGCUUCAAAAAGUCCAUCUGCAGCUGGGAUAGUUAUUUGCCUACUCAUGUGAAUUUGCUAGUGGGGCCAGUUGUCUAGUAUGGCAUUCGCUCAGAUACUAUUUAUUUGGUCCCUGUAUGCAUUUGUGGUAGUUAUCCUGCUUGCAGUGGCUUCUGUGUUUGUUCAUAUUUACCAAACUCCUCCGGAUCGGUAUCCAUCUGUGACUUUCACGUGUGUCAUCGCGAUCACAAGUCUUCUUGGGACGGUGCUCCUUCUGCCGGUGGACGUGGCACUUGUUUCAUCGACAACCUCGCCCAAUCUUGGCCGACGGAAAGACUGGGCCACGCAGGAUGAGAUUGACAAGAUUACAUACUCCUUAACAGUUGUCUACUAUCUGCUGUUUUCAUUGGAUGCACUGCUUUGUCUCCUGGGGAUCCCAUUUGCAUAUUUCUGGUGCGAGGAAUAUGACGAGUGUGCAACAGAAACGUCUCAGCAAAUGGUUGGGUGGCGGCUUUGGGGCGCCCUCAAGUACACCAUGUCAUUCGUUGCAAUUUUGACUAUCCUGUUCCUUGCCGGACUUUUUGUCCCAGUGUCGAGAAAUAAGGAAGGCACGGAUCCGGACUAUUUCAAGAAAUUGUUGGCUGCGAAUCGUGGAGAACGUGCUCUUACUUUUGCCAUUGCCGUGCUGAUGGCCAUCGGAAUAUGCCUCUAUGCUCUAUAUACUUCCUCGGGUCUUGCGCUCUUCCCAAUCAGCUUAAUCAAGGCUGCCCCAUCAAUCUCCAAUACGCGCUUACAAGCCAGUGCGGCAGUACAGCUCGAGAGAAAUCGUGAACGGCAACGUCAGCUGGAAGGCCGUUGCGAAGGAAAUUGCGAUCUGCUAUCGUCCAAGGAUCGCAGGGAGCUUGAUACUCUCGCACGGGAGGAGAGGACGCUUCUUCAGCGACAACGCCUAGGAGACGAUGCUCAAGGCGAAGGUUGGAACUGGUUGACGAAGGCGUGGUUCAAUAUCGAGGCAGUUUUCCGUCCCUUCAAGUUUCCGGGUGGCAUUUUACUACUUUUGGUCACGUUCAUUGCAUGGGUGUCCAUGCUUUUGACUGCAAUUGACAAAGCAAAAAACUCGAUCUGUAAGAACCUUUGUGGUUCUGUUGUCGGGAUUGCUGCAGUGGGAAUCCGCUUUGUGCGGGUCAGAGUAUUCCAAAUCCGACAGUGGCACACGCCCCCCCAGGCUUUACUUUUAGCGACCGAGAUGUUGAUGUUGACUAUCUUGGCGUUGAGUUAUUCUAUUUCGAUGUUGCUUGCUCCGCAGUACGCAACAUUCGGCCUUCAAACCUUCUGUGAUCGUGCCCCUGAGCCGCCCCUUGACCAGCCGGAUUGCUCAAACAACAAGAAUAGUAUCAAACCAUGCUCAGGUCCGACGGACAACCCCGCAGCACAACAAGUCUGCACACCCAGUAUUGCCAGUACCUUCCUCAAUCGCAUCACUCAUAAUUAUCCUUUCCUCGGGGCCGUAUUCUUUUGGGCGCAAUUCCUCUUUCUCGGCCUUUAUCUUGUCACUUUUCUCUCAUUUCUGGUUCGCUCUCAGGACUUAGGCGAGAGGCAGCUCGACGAAGAUGACGAGGAGGCUGAGGAGGAAGGAUUGUUGCCCAGAAAUGGCAGACGCUUUUACUCCACGUGGCAGUAAAUCCCCGGAACGUUGCCUGAAUUUUAGGACCAAUCCAUCUCAGUAAGCAGUCAUGGCUAUUAUUGUCUAGUUCAAGUUCCCAGAGCAAUCACUAGUCAUCUCAAGAUCAACGG